GGCACAGGAACAGCCACACCACACCACACACUGUGAAGACUUGCUUCCCGACCGCGCCAAAUCCGGACCCGCUCCGCCUAAUUCCAAUUUACCCCACCAUUUCCUCCCCACCAUAAAAUUAUUUGUUGCUUUAUCGAUCUUGGAUGUUGGUAACCUCACAAAAUAAACGUCCACCACCCAAAUGUCCAAUAUUAUACCCAAUCAAACAACAACCGCCACCUCAAAUUCCGCAGACAUGUCUUCAUCACCUAAACCUGGUCUUUCCAAAUUGGCAAACCGGUAUAGAGGAGCCACAGUCGAAGAUCUCGACCCUCCAUCUGCCCUCUCCUGUAAUCCCACCGAUCCCAUUUCAUACGCCCUUAUGAGCGCCUUCGAACGCGAUUACACACAUCUCACCGUUGUAACCCCCGACACCCGCGCUCUCUUAGGUUACCUCUCCAUUCCCCAUCUGCGCAUUUUGCUUGAGACAGGAAAAGUGCAAGAAUCAGAUGAGGUAUCCAAGGCCAUGGUGAAAUUCAGGAGGAAGGGAAAGGUUUAUAAGGUUAUUACUAUGGAUACGCCGUUGGAAGACUUAGAAUUAUUCUUCAGCGGGGGGGAGAAUGGUGAUGGGGGCAAACAGGAGUUUGCCGUUGUCACGGAUGAGAGGAGAAGAUUUGUGUUGGGAGUUGCAACAAAAACAGAUUUGGAGGAGUUUGCGAGGAGGAGACCUGCGUGAGAGAGAAAUGCAUGUGAUGAGGAUGAAUACGGAAAAUGGAGUUUGGGAUAUCAAAGAGUACAGGUUUAGAAUUCAUAGCGUGGACCAAAACAUAGGGGUACUAUCUAAUGCUGCAUUUCACCAAUUUCAUGUUUUUGUUUGACCCUUUAAACCACUUUACCUAGCUGUCUUGCCUUCUCGUCCAAUUCAUCGUUAUACAUUUCGAGUGUGGAUAGUGUUCAUGCAAGGUCAGAAUGUUCUCUAGAUUUCCACCAACAUAGCAAAGCUUGCUGUAGCAUCGUUAUCCAAGGUAGACUAGAAAACAUUACUAUGGGAGGUCAUCCAUCCAUGACUACUGGCGAUCAUUGAUAGCCAGCCGUGCAAAUUUUACCAAUCAACAAUAUCCUAGAAUUUAACCACACCUUGUACUUUAAUCUCUUCA